GGGCAGGACUUGGGAGGCGGCCGCCGCCCCAGAUUAGGCACCUGGGAGGCCUGGCCUGCUCCUCCGGCGAAGACUUCGUGGCCCGGGAGUGGGAUGGCGGCGCAGUGUGUAACAAAGGUGGAACUAACUGUUUCUUGUAAUAAUCUCCUGGACAGAGAUGUUGGCUCCAAGUCAGACCCACUGUGUGUGUUACUUCAGCACACAAGUGGACAGCAGUGGUACGAGGUUGCUCGAACAGAAAGGGUCAAAAACUGUUUGGACCCCAAGUUUGCCAAGAGGUUCCCAAUCGAUUAUUAUUUUGAACUAGUCCAGAAACUCAAAUUUGGGAUUUUUGAUAUUGACAAUGCAACUGUUGAACUGAGUGAUGAUGACUUCUUAGGAGAAUUUGAAUGCACCCUGGGACAGAUUGUUUCCAGCAAGACACUCACCAGACCUCUUGUAAUGAAAAAUGGGAAACCUGCAGGAAAAGGAAAAAUUACAAUUACAGCUGAAGAAGUAAAGGAUAAUAGAGUCGUCAUUUUUGAAGUUGAAGCAAGGAAACUGGACAACAAGGACUUCUUUGGAAAAUCCGAUCCUUACCUGGAGUUCCACAAACAGACCUCUGAAGGAAAUUGGUUGAUGGUGCACAGAACAGAAGUUAUUAAAAAUAACUUGAAUCCUGUCUGGAGGCCAUUUAAAAUUUCUCUCAACUCUUUGUGUUACGGUGAUAUGGACAAAACAAUCAAGGUUGAGUGUCAUGAUUAUGACAGCGAUGGUUCCCAUGACCUGAUAGGCACCUUUCAAACCACAAUGUCAAAACUGAAGGAAGCAUCUCGACAGUCACCAGCUGAAUUUGAAUGCAUCAAUGAGAAGAAGAGACAAAAGAAGAAAAGUUACAGAAAUUCAGGAAUUGUGAGCUUUAAGCACUGUGAGAUUAUCACUGAAUGUACUUUCCUGGACUACGUCAUGGGAGGGUGCCAGCUGAAUUUUACUGUUGGCAUCGACUUCACUGGCUCUAACGGAGAUCCUCGUUCUCCAGACUCCCUGCAUUAUAUCAGCUCUAACGGAGUGAAUGAAUACCUGACUGCAAUUUGGUCUGUGGGAAUGGUUGUUCAGGAUUAUGAUGCAGACAAAAUGUUUCCCGCUCUUGGGUUUGGUGCUCAGAUUCCCCCCUCAUGGCAGGUAUCACAUGAGUUUCCUUUAAACUUUGACCCAUCAAAUCCAUUUUGCAGUGGAAUCCAAGGUAUUGUGGAUGCGUACCGGGCCUGCCUCCCUCAAGUGAGGUUGUAUGGGCCAACCAACUUUUCUCCAAUAAUAAAUCACGUAGCCAGGUUUGCUGCUGCAGCAACACAGCAAAGAACAGCCUCUCAAUAUUUUGUGCUCCUGAUCAUCACCGAUGGGGUGAUCACCGACCUUGAUGAGACCAGAUCUGCCAUUGUUAACGCAGCCAAGCUCCCCAUGUCGAUUAUAAUAGUUGGUGUUGGAGGGGCUGAUUUCAGCGCCAUGGAGUUUCUUGACAGUGACAGCGGUGCUCUGAGGUCUCGCUCAGGAGAGGCUGCUGUUCGAGAUAUUGUUCAGUUCGUGCCAUUUAGACAAUUCCACAAUGCUCCCAAAGAAGCUCUUGCUCAAAGCGUCCUGGCUGAAGUGCCUCAGCAAGUGGUGAGCUACUUCAGCAUGUACAAGCUCCAGCCGCCAAAUAAUGCUGCCGCUAAGCAAGAUGGCAGCUGAGCAGGAGA